AUGGAUUUGAACGUCAAUAAUAAAGUAGCUGUUGUCACUGGUGGAACUCGUGGAUUAGGGCUCUAUUGCGCUGAAGCCUUUGUUGAAAAUGGAAUCAAAACCAUUUUUAUCACUUCACGUAAAGCCAAAGCUUGUGAAGAUGCAAAAAAACACUUGGAGGACUUGGCCAAGAAGAAUGGUAAAUCGGUUGAAGUUUUUGCAUUUCCAGCCGAUUUAGCUGUUGAAGAACAAGCAGAAAAUUUCACCAAAGAAGUUGCCAAGAAAGUUGAUAAAAUUGAUAUUUUGAUUGCGAAUGCUGGUGCUUCAUGGGGUGCACCAUUGGAGGAACACAACGUUGCAGCCAUCAAAAAGGUCAUCAAUUUGAACUUUGUAGGUGUCUUUCACACUAUUCAAUUAUUUACACCAUUAUUGGAAAAAGCAGCAACUGUUGAGGACCCUUCAAGAAUUGUCAUUAUGUCAUCCAUCGUCAGUUUAGCAACAAACGAUAUUGUUGGAACUUAUGGAUAUCUUGGUUCCAAAGCUGCCGUGUCUCAUUUAGGAAGAAACUUGGCGGUUCAAUUUUCACCAAGACACAUCAAUGUCAAUUCAAUCUUACCCGGUUUUUUCCCCUCCAAGAUGGCUAAUGGGUUGCUUGAAGUGGCAGGUGAGGGUUUGACAGAAACUAAUCCUCGUGGAAGAUUGGGAGAGCCUGAGGAUUUGAAAGCAGUUGUGUUGUUUUUAUGCUCGAAGCAAGCCAACUACAUUAAUGGUGUCGAUUUACCAGUUGAUGGUGGUGCUCGUUUAAAUAUCCCAGCCGCCCACUUUUAG